ACCAGGCCUGUCAAUUUACAACGCCCCUCUACCUUUUAAAAACGCGUCAGAGAACAGUAGAAAUAAUGUCGAGCGGUCCGGCCGUACUAAAACGCGAACAUUCACCCACUCCACCUCUAUCCCUCGAACCAAAAACAUCAGGCGUGAAGCUCAUCGCACCUUUGCCAACCGCAUGCCAUAAAUCAUCCUCUCGCAACUAUCAAGAUGCUCGAAAACAAUGGAUUAGGGAAGAAGUUAAAGCUCUGAAUGCACUCGGGUUGUCUGUGAAGAAGUUCUUUAUUCGGGAUGACGGUCUCGCCUUAGAGUGGCAGAGUCCGGUCCCAGUUUGGCCUGAUACGCUAAAGCCUGCAACUCAACCACCGACAAAGCAAGUCUCACCAAUAAAUGUUGAGGAUGACGUAGUUGAAAUGCAAGACGUUCAAGCACCGCUUCAUGUUGACCAGGAGGACCUGGAAAGACAGGCCACAGAACUGGAGGAUUUGGCAAUUGAGUACUUGAAAAAGUAUGCCUGGACAUUCGAUACGAACUGUGCAUUACUCGCAAGCGCAUACGCCAAAGACGCAUUAUUCUCAUACUCCAUACCCGAUCACGACAACGCCCUUCCCAAGAUGGCAGCCUUCACCAACCUAAGCAUUGCAGCACUGACAAAACUGCUUUUAGGUCCUCGAAAGGGUCCUCGUAAUCUCGUGGGAGGAGAUACAAUGAACAGCAUCUAUUCCGGCCCUUCAAAGAUUGUCGCUGCACUCUCAUCCCUCGGGCCAUUCAAAUUCUGUGCUCAAUCCCCCACGGAUUUACACUGGAACGUACUAGCACUCCCACAACUACCACAGCACGGGACAACUCAAACUCAAGUAGGAAACAGAACACAACCAAACAAUUCAGAAACACCACUUGUCUAUUUAUCAAGCCAUGGUUACCUCACAGAAGUAAAUAAUAAUGCUAAUAAGAACGGCAAUGCGGUCUCAGCCUCUGGUGCUGAGAAACGAAUCUCGUUCGAUCAGUGUUUUCUUCUGCGAAGACCUGACUUUGAUCCGAACUCUACUACAAGCACAACUUCAACUGCGGAAUGGCCUCUGGUCGCUGUUAAUCAUCAACUGACCGUUCGGGAACUAUCUCCUCAGCCUUUGACGCUUUGA